AUGUUUAACUUGAGUCAGUUAGAGCAUAAACUGAAACGCAUCUGUGAAUCAAACUUUAACUCCAAGAAAACUAUUUUAGCUGUAUUUAACGCUUGUUCGAAUAUUACCGGAAUCCAUGUAGAUGCGAAUUAUAUUUCAGAACUGCUGCAUAAGUACUCAGCUGUUGGCAUCUGGGAUUUUGCAAGCUCACUUGGGUACAAUGAGAUUUUUUUUUCCUAUCCAGGAAAAGAACCCCUUGAUGCAGUCGUCCUAUCACCACACAAACUUUUAGGAGGUCCAGGGUCUUCAGGUGUCUUGAUACUAAAGAAAAACCUGCUUAACAGCAAAACUGUGCCACAUCCUGGUGGAGGCACUGUUAGAUACGUUAAUAGCGAUUCUGUGCUUUACAAUUUUAACUUGGAAAAACGUAAUGAACCGGGAACACAAAACUUGGUUGGCUACUUGUCUGCCAAUGAUCAAAAUGAAAGCUUUUUAGAAAACUCCGUUGUUGAUGGUGAAGUCUAUAAAGGCUCUGCUGUAGAUGAAUUAAAGCCGUUUAACGACAGCAUAAAUGAAUAUUCUAAGCAAGUAACUCAGAUUGAUAAUAAGGCAUUCCAAUGUCCGUUGCUAAGCGGGAAAAAUGGUUCGGAUCAAGUUGAAAAAGUGCCUGCCAUUGCAACAAAAGUUGUGAACAAUUUAAAUUUUGGUUUGAACCCAAUAGUAAUCGACAACAAGUUAAAAAAAAAGUUUUCUAAAGCAAUUUAUGAUUUUAAAAUGGUAAAAGACGGUGACAAUGUUUUAAUCGGUGUUUCAGGCGGCAAAGAUUCAUUAUCCAUGUUUCACUUAUGGCUUUUCUUUCAGAAGCGGUCGCGUUCCCAAUUCAAGCUGGGUGUUGUCACCAUUGACCCUAUGAUGCCUACUUACGAUCCGUCUCCGUUGAAGGCUUACAUUGAAAGUUUCGGCGUUCCUUACUAUCACGUGAAAUAUCCCAUUUAUGAGGUUGCUAAGAGCAAAACUAAAGUCAACAAGCUCUGUUCUUUUUGUGCACGUAUGAAACGCGGUUUAAUUUAUGAUAUAAUGAAAAAAAAAAACUACAACAUAUUAUCGCUAGGACAGCAUAAAGACGAUAUAGUCGAAAGUUUUUUGAUGAAUUUGUUCUACAGUGGAUCUCUCAAUACCAUGAAGGCUGCGUAUGAAACUGAGUGCACUACUUAUCUAGCUAAAAUUGUUCGUCCGUUGGUUUAUAUCCGCGAAGCGGAGCUAGCAGCCUUCGCUACGAAGAAUAAUUUACCAAUCAUCACAGAAAACUGUCCUGCCUGUUUCUUGUCUCCUACUGAGCGGUUAAGAACUAAGUUGUUGAUUGCAACGUUAGAACAGCAUUCUGCUUCACUUGUAAGCGUCAUGAUGCGUGCAAUCAAUCCUUUAGUUAGUCUUAACUCUACAAGUAAAAAAGAAAAUUAUGCUGUAAUAGCUGACUAUAGACCGCAGUUAAAAACUAAAAAGAUUUAA